CAGCGGCAGCCCCAGCGGCAGCCCCAGCCCGAGCCAGGCGGCGCCGGGCCGUGUCCGUGGGGCCUCGCCCUCCAGCAGGUUUCUCCUCAGAGAACGGCUCCCCUUCGUCCGCCGCUCGCACGGGAGCUCCCAUCCCUCCCGCCUCCCCUGAGGCGAAGCCCCCUCAGCUGCCCGCUCGCCGGCCCGGACAGCGUUUCGCUUCCCUCAGCCUGCCCCUGGCGGCUGGCUUCGUCCUCCCGCCAUGGCUCUCUACCGGCGGCUGCUCCGGGUGGCCGCCCACCUGCAGGACCCGCGGAAAGUGGCCGCCUUCCAGCGGCUCUGCGGGGUGGAGGCGCCUUCGGGCUGGGCCGACGCGGAGCAGCGAGCCGAAGGCCGGGGGCCGGUGGUUAACGGCGGCCCUGCCCCGGCGGCGGAGCGGGCGGGAGGGCAGGGGCAUCCCGCAGGGAACGGGACCGUGCCCGGUGGAACGAAUCCCCCACAGCGGUGGAGGAGGAGGCCGCGCCGCAACUCCCUGACGGAGGAGGACGGCAGCCAGGAGUUCUCUACCCGCAGCCGUUUCCUCUAUUAUCUCUUCAGCCUGGGCACGGAGCUGGGCAACGAGCUCUUCUACAUCCUCUUCUUUCCCUUCUGCAUCUGGAACUUGGACGCCUGGCUGGGCCGGAGGCUGAUCAUCAUCUGGGUGGGGGUGAUGUACCUGGGGCAGUGCACCAAGGAUGUCAUCCGCUGGCCGCGGCCUGCCUCCCCCCCCGUGGUGAAGCUGGAAGUCUUCUACAACUCCGAGUACAGCAUGCCCUCCACCCACGCCAUGUCGGGCACCGCCAUCCCCCUGGCGCUCCUGCUGCUCAGCUACGGCCGCUGGCAGUAUCCCCUUAUGUUUGGACUGACCCUGGCAUUCUGCUGGUGUUCUUUGGUUUGCUGUAGUCGAAUUUAUAUGGGAAUGCAUUCAAUUUUGGAUGUUAUUGCUGGAUUUCUGUACGCUAUUCUCAUCUUGGUUGUGUUUCAUCCAGUUGUGGACCUGAUUGAUAACUUCAAUUUAACUUACAAAUAUGCACCCUUGAUCAUCAUCAGUCUCCAUUUAGCCCUGGGCAUCUUCUCUUUUACUCUGGACACCUGGAGCACCUCACGAGGAGACACAGCUCAGAUCCUGGGCUGUGGUGCUGGAGUCGCCUGUGGCUCUCACGUGAACUACUUGCUGGGUCUACAGCUAGAUCCUCCUCCUGACACCUUACCCUUAUCUCUGUCCUCCCUCACUGUGACUGUGUUUGGAAAAGCCAUAUUGAGGUUGUUGAUUGGAGUAAUCGUUCUGCUGUUAACAAAAGUUGCCAUGAAAAAAGCCACAAUUCCCCUGGCCUGCAAAAUAUUCUGCAUCCCACACGACGACGUCCGGAAAGCGAGGCAGCGCAUGGAGGUUGAGCUUCCCUAUCGCUACAUUACCUAUGGAACAGUGGGGUUCUCCCUCAUGUUUAUUGUUCCUUGCCUCUUUCAUUUUAUUGGUCUUUCCUGAUGCAGUUUUUUAACUUCAAAUAGGGAGAAGAGAGCUAGUUGCUUUUUGAAGAGGUGCACUAGUUUGCCAAGGGGAGGCCAAGGAGCUUGGCUUUAGCAAGGUCUUGUCUUUAACAGCAAUACAAAGCAGGCAAAGCAUUUAAAGAACUCCACACAUCUUAGGGCAUGGUAUGGGGCCAGAGGUCAAAUAUUAGUCCACAAGAAGUGCUGAACUCUGUAAAUGCUAUGUCUAGACUUACUGCUGUAACAAAGUCUGUGUGUGUGAUGCAAUGAAUGUAUCUGGAAUGUCUGCAUAGACUGACAUGUUAACAGGUAUGUCUGACAGUUAAUCAGAAAGCACCAUUUGCCAUUUCAUAGUAAUUCGUUCAAGUUGUUGGACCAUAGACUGCUAGAUUUGCUUUCCUCUCUUCUUUCCUGAAGUCCUGCUUCAAGGUAUUUCAGCUGAUAGGCAUUUCUAAUGGACCAAACUUGUAAUGAGGUUGAAUUUUUCUGAAAAACCAAACAGGAGCCUUUUUCUUUAGCCCCCUUUAGAAAAUAAAAUGUCUGAAUUGGCAUUGGUAAAUACCACUAGAGUAUAUAGGAUUCAGGUACUGUAUUUUGUGGUUUGAUAUCUGUGCCUUUCUGUUGCUAUAUUAAGAAAUGCCAUAUAUACUGUGAUGUAAAAAUGCCUAAUUUUAUUUAAAAUCCUACAUAAUUAGUCAGUUAUUUUUAAAUGUUAGAGUGUCCAUCUUGCUGGCAUGGUUCAAGUUAACUGGAAUACUCAGUUUAGACUGAUCACAAUAUCAAAAAUGAGAUGACCCAGGAAUCAUGUUCUUAAGCUCAAAAUGUUCUAAAUGGACAAUAAUCCCUUUUGUAAGUAUUUUUAAUGCGUGCUGUAAGUUUCUGGAAGAGGAUAUAUUUUUCUGGAGAUUGUUUAUACAGUGGACAGAUACUCAAAAUUAAUUAUCUAAACCUAUAAAUAAUAAAACCAUCCCAUUCUGCAAAGAAAUGGGCCUUGCUUAUUAUUCCAAAGUAAUUGAUAAGGACCAUUGUUUUUAGAUAUUUGCUUAGAAAAGUAUAAUACAUUAUUCUAGAAAAAAUGUAUUUUUAUGCAUUAACAUACUGUAUUUAAGGUGAUAAUUGCUUUUAUCCAAUUUAGAUAGCUACAAGACAAUAUAAUAAUCAAAUUAAAAUUUUAAUCAUUCUGAUAGGCAGAUUGUGAGCAGUCAAGUUGGUAUGGUCAAUGCAUAAAUAGUUUGUACAUAUCUACAUUUUACUGCAUUAUUAUGCACUUUUCAUCUUGGUCCUUUUUCCAGUGAUGAGUAGAAUACAACACUUCAACCAUAAUUCACUGUAAUUUCAUGUGCCUCUUUGUUUUGUUUCUGUUAAUGUGUUGCUUAAUCUGUUCUUUCUGUCAGGAACUGAUGUUUUGCAGCAAGAGUUGCAAUCUUCCUGCCAGACAUGAAUUACAUAGUUUUGUAUUUUAAGUUUUUUCAGGAAAGCAUAAGUUGAUUGGGAAGUAGACUGAUCAGGUAGAAUACAAAGCUUACAUUUUUUUGUGAACGAUGUUUGGAAUUGGAAGGGCGUGGGGUAUUUGUAUUGGAGCUCCUAUCUCCAAACUUUUAUUAUGUAAAUUAACAAAAUUAACUUGGUAUCUCUUUCAUCAAAGUCAAAGUUCUGGUAGGCUGGCAUUAGAUGAUGUGAAAAGCUAACUUUUUGGAUGCAUUGCUCCAGUGCAUUCAGAAUGCAGAGCAGUGAAUGUAUUCAAACUGAAAGCAUGUUAAACAACUGCAGCUGGAAAAGACCUUACCAAGUAGAAAAUGGUCAGCUUUAUUCAGUACAUAUUUCUGGAUUUGAUUUUUCUAUCUGCUCCUCUUUUGAAGUUUAAUGCUGAAUGUGCAGUAAAGAUAACUUGGUUUCCAAGGUUCUGAGGGCGGGAUUUCCACUGGUUUGGUUUUGCACACUGAGUUAUUAAAUAAGUAGCUGGGGAGAUGACACACAACAUGCCUUAUGCUUAAAGCCUUGAGCCAAGUGGCAUAUUUCCAAUUAAAUUAAUCUGAGGACUGAUGAAAAUAAUAGGAUAACUUUCUCUGAAACUUAGGGCACAUUCUCCUUAAAUAACCUAGCUUUACAUUUUAGAGUGAAAAACGUUUUAAUUCUGGCACAGAAGAGAGACAAGUGAGCAAACUAAUUUUUUUAAGGUACGUAUUUGACUUCUAAGAACUUCAAUUUCACAGCACUAGUGUGCUAUUAAAGCUGCCUUUUCCAGCUGUGCUUGCUCUGUUUUAUUAAUGGGAACUAAAAUCUUCUUGUGGAAGAUCUAGAAUGGGUGAAAAAAAUCAUAUGCAGGUCAGGCUUGCAAGAGGCUAAGGAAAAUUGCACUGCAGUUUAUUCUACUGUUAAUCAUAGUUAUAUAUUUUAUAUUUUUAUACAUUACAUUGGGUAACUUCAAAACUCCAUAUUCCAUGUUCCACAUACAGGAAAUUUACAUCAGAAUGUUUAUACAGCACCUUUACAGCCCUGUCUCUAAGACUGCAACUACCUUACUGAAGUUUACAUGGAAAAAGUUUUACUAUUCUAUUUUCAUGUUUUGUAAGGGUCUAGAGGACAAUUUAGCACAAAAUAUCAUUCAAUAUGAAUACUGUUGCAGAAUAAAGAACCCCAGAAAUGCAAAAGUUUAAAAACCCAGCUUAAGUAUUUGUAUUGUAGUAUCCUUUUGUUUCAUAGUAAGCUAAGAUCCAUUUUAAUCAGACAGGUAAAACCAGAAGGUAAUACUUGAGCACUUUCUUUGCUAGGCUGUUCCUAGAGUUGAACAUGAAAAAUGUUUGAGUAUCAGCUGGUACCAAAUUAUUUAUAAAUAAAUUUAACAUAGCUUUAAAAGGUAGUUAAAUGUCUUUUCAGAAGGACAGUGCACUUGAAACCUUGUGUGAAGUGGUGCAAAAACAUAUUCAUAUGUCACUGCUAGUGAACUUCCUCAGUUCCAGAUUGUGUAGACCUAAAGAGAGAAACUCCAGUAUUUGUAGAAGCAGAUUUAAACACACACUACAGAAAGCUGCGAGUUAAAUUUCCUAUUUGCUUACUGUAUGAAAUAAACCCCCAAACUAACAGUCUCACAAUGUAACUUGUGUCAGAAUUCUGUUUUCUAGGAGGCUGAAGAGACUCAAAUUUAUCUUAGGCUGCCUUAAACAUAGGAGCAGGAUUUUUCCUGACGUGGCCCUAAAUCAGAACUGACAUCUGCAUUGUGGGCAAGUUUUAGAAUCUAUUACUUGGAAAAAGGUUUCAUGUCUAUAAAAAAAAAAGCCAUUACUUUUGUGUCCCAUACCAUGAACUGGGGUUGAAGUGUCUUCAGUCUCUUGUCACAUUUGCCUUACCUCUUACCUUGCAAGCUGGGGAGGGGGAGGUAGAGAAGCUAUUUUAAGGUAAAUUGGCAAACCAAAGGGAGUUGUAUUUUAUUUACUUGGAAAUUUUUUAAAACUUAUGUACAGUUUUUCUCCUGAAAAAACAAACAAACAAACAAAAAAAGGCAUUUCUUUUAUAAUGGCAUCUCUAAAUGUCAUCUGAGGUGCUUUUGUUGAUUUGUUUGGGUUUUUUUUACCAGAACAGUGUUAACUUGCCUGAAUUUUAAAAGCUAUUAUGUUUUCCUUUGCUACUCUGUUUUAUUACAGCUUUCAGUAUUUUUACUCAAUUUAUUGCUUAUUUCCCAGGGAGUGUCCUGAACUUUUUGUAAGCAAUUGUUACUUGUUUGAAGAUUGUAAUUUUGAACUUGUAAAUACUUAAGGGCUGUUAGUGGCUGUUAGCUGCUCAAAUACCUAAAAACAAACCUUGCAUGCUGUAAGUAAACACAUCUGUUGUGCUAUAAAGUUGUUUCUAUUCCAGUAUUUGCUUUUUCAAUAAAAAACUGUGAGAUUUUUCACAGAGAAUGCACAAGAUAGUUCAAUGGCAUGAAGGGGCAUUGCUGUAUAACCUCUGUUGACUUCACUGGGAGUUCUGCACAGAGUUCUUUCCAUAUUACUUUGAGAAUGAACCCUGCAGGUCGUGUCCAUGUUCUGAGAUGUGCACGGGCACCAGUGGGUGUAGAGUGACCUCCUCAGGUGUCAAUGUGCUGUCCUUGCUUUGGAGGUCUGGGAGAUGGUUCUUUCUGAAAUCAUCUAAAUCAUAAACUUAUUUUGUGGAGGAAAUCCUAUUGAAUGAUUUCAUGCCAGAACUUUAUUCCAGUGCAAAGCUUCAGUGACCUUUUUGUUUCAGAAAAACAUAUAAGCCUGUUUUUUAAUUUACUGUAAAUACUGUAGUUGUCAAAUUGCUAGAUUAGUUGUAUCACUUACAUUGUUUUUCUUACAAUACUUCUUGAAACAAAGGCAAACAAAACUUAAUUUGGAAGCAAAAUGUGAUACUGUGUGGCAGUGAGGAAAUGACUCCUUAGGUGUUCUCUAAGAAGUGGAUAUCAUAUUCUGGAGUCAAAGCAAAUUUAAAUUUAAAUAAAAAAUUUCCUUGUACUCCAUUCUGCAUGAGAAAUAAUUUCUGUGUUGGUAAGAAAAAAAAAGAAAAAAACAAAACAAAAUGAAAAAAGACUCCACAAAGCCAGCAUUAUAUGCUUGCAGUGCAUAAUUAGUAACUGUUCUGUAAGAUCAAAGAAUAGAGGGGUACAUAGAGAUACUUAAAGAUACUUUAAUCUUAAAGAUACUGACCAGCAAAUGUAAAUAAAAAGUCCCAGCAAGUUGGAGAAUUUUAUUCAUCACUAAAUUUUGACUAAAUUAGUCACUAGGUUUUCCCCUCAACUUUAUUUUUGUUAGAAAGUGUAAUGAAAGGCAAGGGUGAUAUUCCUGAGUGGGAAAUUAGAUCUUCAGACAAUUCUAGAUGUCUAAAGUAUCAUAACAGAAAGGUCAGUUCAGGAGUCAGUAACCUGAAAAGUAAGAGCAAAGUAUGAGAGGAAUUUUGUGUUAAACUUCAUGCACUUAAAAAUUAUGCCAAAAUUUGGCCUAUACUUGAUUUAUAUGAAAUCUGUACUACAAUAUAGAGAUAUAUAUAUAAUAUAUUGCUUAGGGGUUUUUUAUGUAUAGUUUUUUCUUCGUUUUUUGCUGCAUUCCCUGAUAAAGCAAUUAUUCAUAAAACGUAAGCCAGCUUUGUCUGUAUAAGGUAAGGCUGUACAUUAAUACUAUUUUGGGAAAUAAUGCAACCCCCAGUCUCUCAACCUCUUGGAGAACUUUAUUUAAAAAAAAAAAACCACUUUAAAUGCACGCCCUGAGUUAGUUGAGGAUCACAUAAUGGUUGCUGUAUAAUAGUGUACAACUGGAGUUUUAAAAAUUAAUACAUCAACACUUUCUGUUAUAUUAUUGUUAAUGGUUUUGUACUCAUUGUACACCUUCUGCAGUUGUCAACUAAUCUCAUAUCGACUGGUAACUGAAGUGUCUGACUUCAUCUGCAAUGAGUGGGCAAUAAACUACUGUUGGAUUCA